UGGGGCUGUGCGCUUUCCGGCGCUGUCGCGAGGAGUCGCAGCUGUCAUGGCGGAGACAGUUUGGAGCACUGACACCGGGGAGGCUGUGUAUCGCUCCCGGGACCCCGUGCGCAACUUGCGCCUCCGAGUCCACCUGCAAAGAAUCACAUCAAGCAACUUCCUCCGUUACCAGCCUGCUGCCCAGCCUGGGAAGGACCUCAUAGACUUGGCCACUUUUAGGCCUCACCCAACUGCCAGUGGACACCGCUCAGAGGAAGAGGAAGAGGAAGAGGUCGUGAUUGGGUGGCAGGAGAAGCUCUUUAGCCAGUUUGAAGUAGAUCUGUACCGAAAUGAAGCGGCCUGUCAGAGCCCUUUGGAUCAUCAGUACCGUCAAGAGAUCCUGAAGCUGGAGGCUUCGGGUGGCAGGAAGAACCGACGAAUUUUUACCUACACUGACUCUGAUAGAUACACCAAUGUGGAGGAGCACUGUCAGAAAAUGACCACCGCAGCCCGGGAGGUGCCAUCGUUCUUGGUUGAGCGAAUGGCAAAUGUCAGGCGGCGACGGCAGGACAGGCGAGGGAUGGAGGGCGGCAUCCUCAAGUCGCGAAUUGUCACCUGGGAACCAUCAGAAGAAUUUGUCAGGAACAACCAUGUCAUCAACACCCCUCUUCAGACAAUGUACAUCAUGGCAGACCUGGGGCCCUAUGGAAAGCUUGGCUAUAAGAAGUAUGAACAUGUCCUCUGUACUCUGAAGGUGGACAGCAAUGGUGUGAUCACAGUAAAACCUGACUUCACCGGCCUCAAAGGACCCUACAGGAUUGAGACCGAGGGGGAGAAGCAGGAGCUGUGGAAGUAUACUAUCGACAACGUGUCCUCCCUCGCACAGCCGGAGGAAGAGGAGCGGGAGCAACGUGUGUUCAAGGAUCUCUACGGCCGCCACAAGGAAUAUCUCAGCAGCCUGGUGGGCACUGACUUUGAGAUGACUGCCCCAGGUGCCCUCCGGCUCUUUGUAAACGGAGAGGUAGUUUCAGCCCAAGGCUACGAGUAUGACAAUCUCUAUGUGCACUUCUUUGUGGAAUUGCCAACCACUAAUUGGUCAAGCCCAGCAUUCCAGCAGCUCUCAGGAAUAACACAGACCUGUGCCACCAAAUCCCUGGGAAUGGAUAAGGUGGCUUACUUCUCCUACCCAUUCACAUUUGAGGCCUCCUUCCUCCAUGAAGACGAAUCUGCUGAUGCUCUCCCAGAGUGGCCUGUGCUCUACUGUGAGGUCCUCUCACUGGACUUCUGGCAGAGGUAUCGCGUGGAAGGCUACGGGGCUGUGGUGCUGCCCGCCACCCCAGGCUCUCACACCCUGACAGUCUCCACGUGGAGACCCAUGGAACUUGGCACCGUGGCUGAGCUGAGGAGGUUUUUCAUUGGCGGCUCUCUGGAACUGGAGGACCUCUCCUACGUGCGGAUACCGGGAACCUUCAAGGUCACUUUUGUCUCUAGGCAGACUUCAUGCUGGGAGCUUAGGUUCCUGUCUCUUCUGGAGAAGGGAGAGCGUCUGAGCCGCUUUGGGUUCCGCACUGAGACCACAGGCAGCGUCACCUUCCGCCUGCACUGUCUGCAGCAAUCCAGGGCCUUCAUGGAGUCCAGUUUCCUCCGGAAAAGGAUGCAGAGUGUGCUGGACCGUCUGGAGGGAUUCAGCCAGCAGAGUUCCGUUCACAGUGUGCUGGAGGCCUUCCGUCGCGCCCGGCGCCGCAUGCAGGAGGCCCGAGAAAGCCUUCCCCAGGACCUGGUGAGCCCUUCGGGAACCAUGGCGUCCUAGCUCACUGCUGCACUGGCCCCUGGGCAAGAGGACAAGAUGCGUAAUGGCUAACGCUGGUGUCCCCCUACCUUCGUCCUUCUGACUGGUGACCCCAUUGACCUGCCGAGAACCAGAAGAGCUGAGAAAAUCCCAGGCCGGUGCCUCUGCCUGGUCUUCAGCAGGGUCUCCUCCCUGCUGCGAAGCAAUAAAGCUGGAGACCCUAUGGUCCCCCUCUUCAUAUUUCAUUUACUGCAAGUGGGAGUCACCCCAAGGCAGACUUAUUGGUUUAGCUCCGUUUGGGGUGACCCCACAGUUAGCUCAGUCCUCAACACAGCCUCUUUUCUGGCUUGUCUCACUGUCUCCCAGCGGAGAGCCGCAGGCAACUCCUGGUCUGCAGCCUGCAUUACGGAUGGAGGUUCAAGGCGCACCGGGGUGGCUCGGUCGGUCGGUUCAGUGUCUGACUCUUCAUCUCUCACCUCAGGUCUUGCUCUCACAGUCGUGGGUUCGAGCCCCGCAUUGGGCUCUGUGCUGGGCGUGAAGCCUACUUAAAUUAAAAAAAAUGUAAAAAGAACAAUGGAGGCUAAAGAAAGGUGAGAGAUAUCUUGAGUUCCCGGCCCGAGAGCCUCAGCCUCCUCUUUCCAGGGUAGCCUGGGCUUGCUGCUUGGGCUUGUUGUGUUUGGAGAUACAGCUUACUUCUGGAGUAAAUGAAGGCUAAAGGCAGUGCCCAGUCCUUUCUGCUAGCUGGGUAGUACCUUUAUUGUGUUUUCUUGUACAUAAAAACUUUGUAUAUUGA